AGUUCAAAAGUUCACAUUUCUUUUUCUUGUUCGGUUUUUUUGGUAUAUUCGUGUGGUUUUCUUUCUGCUUUAUUUAAAAAAAUAAAAAGGAAUAUUUUAAUUUUGAAGAGCUUAGCCGAGGGCUUUUGUCAGGAUGCGCUUCGAGGACUGAAAAGCUUCAAAUAUUAUCCCCACCUCACAAUCACCUAUCACGACAAGAUAAAUUCAAUCGCAGAUUGCAGCCAAACGUAGCCUAAAACGCGCCCAACUAGAAAUCCAUCAGAAAGAACGGAAAAUCGAAGUUCAGAAGCGAAAGAGUGAUCAAUCGCAUACUUCUUUGAUUGCUAUUAUUUCUCUUUUAUCCGUCCAAAUCAAAUAUAUUUGAUUUGGAAAUGCAAGCCGUGGUUAUUAGCCCAACAUAUUACUGCGGGAGCCAUCAUCAAACCCUAGAACCCUCCUCUUGUCGUCCCACAACUACCAAGCCCUCGAACUUCUUUGGUACCCGCGUCUUGCUCGCAAAAGGGCGUAAUCCUGCGCGGCGAAGCUCAUGGCGUUGUGUGCGGAUUCGAUCACCUGCUCUCACCCGUAGGCGAGUUAUAAAGGCUGUGGCCACUCCUGAUUCAGCCUUGGAGUUGCCGCUAACAGCAGAGAAUGUUGAGAGUGUGUUGGAUGAAGUUCGACCAUAUCUCAUUGCUGAUGGGGGGAAUGUGGCAUUACAUGAGAUUGAAGGUAAUGUUGUGUGGCUGAAGCUACAAGGGGCAUGUGGCUCAUGUCCGAGUUCUGUUAUGACAAUGAAGAUGGGUAUUGAGAAACGUUUAAUGGAAAAGAUACCUGAAAUUGUUGCAGUGGAACCAUUAACUGAUGAAGAAACUGGCCUUGAGCUGAAUGAAGAAAAUAUUGAGAAGGUACUUGAAGAAAUUAGGCCGUACCUGGUUGGGGCAGCGGGUGGAUCUCUUGAAUUAGUUGCCAUUGAGGAGCCAAUAGUGAAAAUUCGAAUCACGGGUCCUGCAGCAGGGGUCAUGACUGUUAGAGUUGCUGUAACACAAAAGUUGCGGGAGAAAAUUCCAGCAAUUGCAGCCGUUCAACUUCUAUGAUUUGGGUACAAUAUGGUUCUCAAAUAAAGCAUUUCUGGUUAGGCUCGUAAAACUUGUACGAGCAGUGAAAUCCUGGUGUAUAGUUUUUUAUACUUUAGUCGGAUGCCAUUGUUACGUAGCAAGUAAUAAUUCGAUAAUUCAAUUCAAUUACAAGAAUAUAGAUGAAAAUUAUUUUUGACCGAUUAAGGGAAAAAAGAAGCGGGCUAGAAAGUAGAAUUAAGGCCUACGCACAAGUUUGUAAAUUUUUGGGAUGAAGCUCAAGUCUUUAUUUAAGUUUUUCCAUAAGCAAACCUAAGGCCUAUGCACAAGUCUGAAGAGGCCCAGCUAAGCGGUGUUAAGUUCAGGCCUGAUUUGAUUUCCGGUUGUUAUUGAA